AAGAAAACGAUAUCAAAAGAUUAUUGUUAACUAAUUUAGACGAAAAUACAGAUGUAAAUAAUAUAAUAACAACAACAAUAGAAAACAAUAAUGAUAAAAUUAAUAAUGCUCUUAAAUAUUAUAAUAAUAAUAAUAAUAAUGAUGUUUAUAAUAUUGAUAGUGGAUUUAUUGAACUUUUAAAACACAAGCAUCAAUGUAACAAUCUUUUAUCAAAUAUAAAUAAUAAUAACUUACCAGAAUAUAAAGAUACUCAUUUAAUAAUUCAAGAAAAUAAUCUUGACCCAAUCAAAGAUCUAACAAACAAAUAUUUAAAAGUACUUAAUAAUAAUCCUUCAAUUAAACCUUAUUUAAAAUGGAAAGUGUGUCCAAAAGAAUUUAAAAUUUAUGAAGAGGGGUGCGAUUAUAGUAUAGAAGAGGAUUUCCUUGCUAUUGGACCUACCCAACAUUUACUCGAGAAUAUUCCAACAGUUAGACAUUUAUUAUUAAUGGAUGGCUUUGAUCAGCCACUUGAUUUUAUACCACCCAUUGUAGAGCUCUUGUAUUUAGAAAACAUCAAAUACCAAUUGACACCCGAUUCAAUUCCAGAAACAGUUGAAUUUUUAUAUUUAUUAGAUGGUUUUGAUCAACCACUUGAUUUUAUACCACCCACUGUAAUUCACUUGUAUUUAGAAAACAUUAAUUAUCAAUUAACACCUGAUUCAAUUCCAGAAACAGUUUCACAAUUAUAUUUACUAGAUGGUUUUGAUCAACCACUUAAUUUUAUACCACCCACCGUAAAAGGUUUGCACUUAUAUAACAUCAAGUAUCAAUUAAUACCCGGUUCAAUUCCAAAUCAUAUGGAUUAUAUUCUAUUUGAUAAUGGUUUCUCUCAACGUUUUACAAAAGGUAUUAUCCCUGACUCUAUAAAUGAUAUUAGUUUGGGCGAUGUGGUCUACCCUUUAGAACCUGACUCCAUUUCAAACCCCGAUCAAAAAAAAAUAAUAUAUUUUCCCGAUUACAUACAUCCAAAAUUAUAAUUGGAACUUAUAUAAAAUACUAAUGACGGAUAAUAUCAUGUGUAUUAAGUAUUAUUAAUUUAAAUAAUAAAUAAAAUUAUUAUCACAAAUUUUGCAACUC